CCUCUUACGUUCAAGCUUUGGUAGAAAUAAGUCACGUAACUAAUGAAAACAACUUUGCCUUGUCUCCGGAUUCUAGUCGUCUUGAGAGGGGUUUUUCCUCUAUAUUGUCAUAAUUUGUAUUGCCACUUGUUCAGAAAUGACUUCAAAUCGAAGGGGUUCAGAUACCAAAAGCAGGGAGAAUGUGGCUUUUCUCAAGACGCGAGUACAAGAGCUUGAAUCCGAAGUGACUUCUCUAAAGAAAAGACUGGAUGGCUUGAGAAAAGCUAAGAAUACAACCGUACUCAAGAAAGAGAAGGAGUAUGUUUCUGUUGGUGCAUCAGAUUCAAAUAGAACUAGUAAAAGACCAUCAAUCUCAGAAGAUAAGAGCAGUGAAUUACAGAAGAAACUGAAAGAUCUGAGUCUUCAACAUGCAGAUGAGAUGAGUGCCCUCAAGAAAAAACAUAGUGCAGAUCUCCAAAAGGUGCAAUCUGAGAGAGUCCAACCCACUCCCCCUGAGAGUUGUAAUCAUGAAGAGGAGAUACUUCAGCUCAAGGGUGAAGUCACUGAACUGAGAGAGAAGAACGCCAAGUUAGAAGAUGUGAACUCGGCGCUCAAAGCAGAAAAUAUUUCACUUCAUGAUAAAUUUGAGGAACUCUUCACAGAGCUAAGUCUUAAAGAAGCACAGUGGUGUGAAAAGGAAGAACAAUUAAAUUUAAAGCUCAAGUUGCAAUGGGGAGAGAAGUACAGAGAAUGGAUGGAAGCCACUGAGAAAAAGAUUGCAGAGUUGCAACGAGCCAAUGAAUAUUUACGGACCUGCCUGAAAUCUGGAGAUUAGCAGUCUGAGCUGCGUUCUUCCCGUGUAUCAUCAUUCCAAAGAGAUCGGUAUCUAUCAGUAUGGAUUGGUUCCUGUUCCAGUCCUAUUGUGAAUAUGACAUUUCACUAGUUGAUCAAUGCACUUGUAUCUCAACCCUUAUCAUGACCAAAGAUUUGUUAAAGGUAAAGACCAGUAUUGGAAACGCCCCAAAUUUCAAAAAAUGAAAUGGAAGCUCUUAUUACCAAUCAUGUGAAA